AUGAAUUUUGCUUGUGCGGCAGCUAGAUUAAGUGCUAUUAACCCUACUACCGCUUUUGGGUGGGAUUCGGAUGGUAGUAGCGGGGGUCUUUUAGUAUUAAGUUGGUCUAGUGAUAAAGUUGAAUGCAUGUACUCCUCAAAAAAAUUUAUCUUUUGUAGAAUGAUCAAUAUGAAUGGAAGUAUGAAAUAUGUACUUUUCUUUUAUGGUGAGCCUCAAGUAGAAAAUAGAAAAAUCAUUUGGGAGAAACUUCAAUGGUUUUUAGAAGAGUACAAAAAUGUUCUAGUCAUAAGAGAUUUUAAUCAGGUUGAAAGUGGGAGUGAUAAGCUAGGGGGCUCGGUCCGAAUAAGAGGAGUCGAUGCCUUCCUAGAUUGGAGGUUCAGCAACAAUGUGACAGAAGUCCCUUUUUCGGGGCCACGAUUUACUUGGAGUAAUAAAAAGGAGGCAGAAGACCUUAUUCUAGAAAGGCUUGAUCGAGCCUACAUUACAGAGGAAUGGUUUGCUCAUUCCUCGAAUGGGAGAAUUUUUCAUGAACCAAUUGUUUGCUCCGAUCAUGCGGCAAUCACUUAUCAUGAUCAGCCUAGUUCUACCACUUCUAAUAGACCUUACCAAAUUGAGAAUUGGUGUCUCAAUUUUCCGGAAAUCAGAGGAAUAGUGGAAUGUGUAUGGAAGGAGGAGUAUCAGGGUUCGUACAUGUUCCAACUUUCCAGGAAGCUGGGUAAACUAAGGUCAAACCUUCAACAUUGGUGCUUGGAAAAUAAGAAGGUUUGGGGAAUCAACUGGAAAAAGAUUACUAAGGAUCUUCAAAGCACAGGGAUGAACAUAACCUCGCUUAAGGAAGGAGAGGGGUUUGAUAAGCAUAUCAACAUGCUUCUGCCUGAAAGCCAAUUGUGUUUUCGAUUUUGGAAGCAAAGAAUGAAGGCGAAUUGGGUGAGACUAGGGGAUUGCCCAACGCCAACAAUGUAUAGGAAGGUAAAACAAAGACAAUUACACAACGAGAUUUUGACGCUGAAGACUGGGAAUGACACGUGGGUAGAGGGGCAAAAGGAGGUGGAAGAGUUAAUCUUAACCUCAAUAAAGGAUGUCUACAACCCAGUCUUAAAUGAUUCUCAUGGGGAAGAUAUCGACCUGUUGCUUAGGCAACUUGAUAUUCUUGUGCUCAGGGAUGAGGAUAAAAUCUGGCUCGAUAGGGAUUUUACUGAGGGGGAGAUCAAACAGGCUAUGUUCAAGAUGCACUGUUUUAAAUCUCCUGGCCCCGAUGGUUUUACCGUGGAUUUUUUUAAAACCUACUGGUAUGAGGUAGGGCAGCUGGUGAUCGAUAGUGUAAAACAAUUCCUACGUACAGGAAAUAUGCUCAAAGAAUGGAACCAGUCUCUGCUAGUUUUGAUUCCAAAAGUUAAGACCCCAGAGCUGGCAAGUCAAUUUAGACCUAUUAGUUUAUGCAACACAAUCUACAAAUGCAUUUCCAAAUGCUUGGUUAAUAGGCUCAAGCCGAUUCUCCCAAGCCUUAUUACGGAAAACCAGCAUGCUUUUAUACCAGGAAGGUAUAUGGAAGAUAAUAUUCUGUUGAGUCAUGAACUUAUGCACCUUAUUAAUUCAAGGAAGGGUUCUAAUUUUACAGCAAUUAAGAUUGAUAUGUCAAAAGCUUAUGAUAGAGUGGACUGA